AUGGUGGGCGCCGCGUUCAGCAUGCCCUCGUGGGCGAACCCGUACAACCACCUGGGGCAGCCCGCGCUGGUGCAGCUGCGCAACGUGCCGCGGUCCGUCGGCAUCAUCGUGUUCUGCUUCGCGGGCCACCCCUGCUUCCCCAUCGUGCACGAGUGCAUGCGGGAUCCGCGCCGUUGGCGGGCAUCUGUGGGCUUCACGUUCCUGCUGGCGCUGUUGUUCUACGGCGGCCUCGGCGUCUUCGGCUACCUGGUCUUCGGCGGGAGCCUGGAGGAGAUCACAUCUGGCAAAGGAAAAGUCUCAGGCAAAGGUGCUGCACCCUCUCGCUUCGCCGACCCCAACCCGCAGAAGCGGCGCGCCCUCCCUGGUGAAGCUGCUCGUGAUGACCCUGAUGCUGAGCUGCCUCCCGCCCUCGACGACGGGAUGCCCGAGGGUUACGAAGACUUCAUCCGUCAAUUGUGCCGUGCCGAGUUUGACUCCAUCAAAGAAGACUUUGGCGAUUCCAUCGCCAAGACUGCCGCCGAGAGUAACAAGCCCCUGCUCGCUGCCGUGGAGAAUCUCAGAGCCCUGGUUCAGGCCCACACCGAGACCCUCGAAGCUGAUGUUCGCAAGAUUGCUACUCCGCAGCUAGACUCUCUCUCACGGAGGCUGCAGGCCCAGCUCGGCCAGCAGAAGGGCGUCCUCGACGCCCACACCGCCAGCCUCGCCAAGCACGAUCAGGACCUCGCGGACAUUCGCCGCGAGAUGGCCGAGCUCAGGAAGGAGCUGGCCCUCGCAGAGUCUCGCCUUCGUCCCCAGCCGCAAGUUCCUGCUGGUUUCAAUCGUGACAUCGACACGUCCUUGGUUGUGGCCAUCUCCCAGCGGCCCACGUCGGUGGAGAGUAUGCGUGAGGUGUUUGUGCCCUGGUUGUCCUCUAUCGGAUUUGAGAAUGCUAAUGAUGAGUUCCAGAUCGCGGCCAAAGGCACGGUCCCGUGCAAGCGCUUCGAGAUCAAGUUCAGUGGCCCCAUCGGGGUCGCCUCCCGCAAGGUCGACCGUGUCCUUGCCAACUUCCGCGAAGGCAAAGAAUGGAACGAGUUCUGGAUCACCCCGCCUGGAGAUGUGCGCUGCCGUAUCCACUUCGGCCCCGACAAGAGCCCCAAGCAGAUCAAGCAGGAGAUCGUCCUCCGCAGGGCGCGCAAGCUGGUGGAAGUGGCUUGCCCUGGUAAGCGGCUCUACUCCGACCGUGAGCGUGGCGUCCUCCUGGUGGGCUGGGACAAGAUCAUGCAGAUCGAGGUCGCCUCGGGGGACUCGCCCCCUGUGCUCUACUGGGACAUCCCGAAGCUCGAGCUCAACCACAUGGAGGUCACCCGCGUCCGCGAUGCGACCAAGGAGAUCACCAACCCAGUGGAGACCAGCCAGUGGUCUCUUUAG